GUUUUUUGCAAGAUGAUUCAACCAUAUUUUUGUUAUGCUCUCUUUAGACCGUCUUAUAACAUUCGUUAUUCAACUCUUCUUACAAAUUUUGAGGAUCAUUUUCGUCGCGCAUUGAUGCAUGAUUUUAGAAUACAAAGGGUUGAUGUUGAAUUUUUGAAGCUCUACACCUUUGAAUGAUUCCGUUUUGCUUAGAGCAUUAGUUAGCAAACAUCCGGUUUACCCAUCGCGUGGCAUACUGUCCUGUAUUUUUUGUCCUAGUUUCUCGCUUAGAUCACUUAAUUUCACUCACUUCAUUAUGCUUUACUUUGCUUCACUUUCUAUCGUCGAUUGGACCGCGUUUAUCGUGUUCUUAUUAGUUCAAUAAAUUUCGCUUUUGAGGUUUUUUGUGUGUGUGAUUCCGGUAAGCUUCCGGUCACAUUCUUGCCUAUUGCAAAGCUACACAUCGCAACAUGGGACGUGGUGCAGCAAUACGUAAUCGAAAACUUCGCAGGGGUUCAUCGGAUUCUGAGCCGAUUGCAUCAAGAAUGCGCAUUCCGAAUAAGAAACAACGCAAAAUUAUGGACGAGCUACUGCUAAAUUCUAAUCUCAAACGAGCAGAUGACGCCAGUAACGGGAUUAUCCGUCCUGCGCAGCCAAUUUUGCGGGAAAAACCAACAACACCAUUUAUAGUACUACCUGAAGAAGCACGCUUUGCACCACUCAUUAAGAAAAGUAGAUAUGCAUUAGAUAUAGGAGGUACACUAAUCAAACUUGUCUACUCAACUGUAUGCGAACGAGCAGAUAAAUCCGAUUGCGAAGAGCCGGAGGUCCUACUAAACUUCAGAAAGUUCACCUCAAUCGAAGCUUGUCUAGAAUUUAUCGAUAAAAACUGGCAUGAGCGCUCACCUGACGACGUCAUACAUUGUACUGGCGGUGGUUCCUUUAAGUAUGCCGAAAUGAUGCGUAAUUCAUUAGGAGUGCAAGUACAGCGCACUGAUGAGAUGACGUCGUUGAUCUUUGGUUGUGAUUUCCUACUGAAGAACAAUGUAGACGAAUCAUUCACUUAUCAUCAUGAAGCGACUGGUAUAGAAAGGUAUCAGUACAAGCCUAUUGCGGCAGAUUCCAUCUAUCCCUUCCUUCUAGUAAAUAUCGGAACCGGAAUCUCGGUGUUAAAGGUUGAUUCACCGUCACAAUUUCAACGGGUUGGUGGUAGCUCUAUGGGUGGUGGAGCAUUUAUCGGGCUUGGAAAUUUGCUUACAUCAGCGCAAAGCUUCGAUGAACUGCUCCUCAUGGCAGAGAAGGGCGACCACCGAAAAUGUGACACACUUGUCUGUGACAUUUACGGUGGCUCUUACGAGAAUCUAAACUUAGCAGCUGAUCUCAUUGCUGGUUCGUUUGGCAAAUGCAGUCGUAUGGGUAAACGAGGAGCUCGAGGAGACCAAGAACGAGCCACUGAACAAGAUAUCGCCAAGUCAUUAUUGUUGAUGAUCAGUAAUAAUAUUGGGCAGAUGGCUAUGCUGUAUGGUAUGAGAUUUGCUAUGAAGCGGAUAUAUUUCGGGGGCUUCUUCAUUCGAAAACACCCCAUCACCAUGCGGACGUUGUCGUAUGCUAUUAACUACUGGAGCAAGGGCAACAUGGAGGCGCUAUUUAUGAAGCACGAAGGAUACCUCGGUGCUGUAGGUGCUUUCCUCGAUGAAGGAGACACCUAAUUUGAGCGUCUAAGUUAUUGAAUUGGAAACUUGUCAUGUCGACCAUGUAGUACCACUUUGCAAUUCCCCUGAAUGGCGUAUUCCUCCUGAUAACGGUCUUCCAUUCCAUACUCCAGGUUUUAGCUUUGCAUAUGUGAUGCAAUCAAUGUGAAAGACACUUGUUGUUACUAAUUUAUUCAAUCCAUCUACCCCUCAUAGGUUGUUACUGAUAUUCUACACUAAUGUUGUUGAUGUAUCUUGAUAGCUUGAGACACUUCGCAGUUCUCGAUCAUCUUGUACACUCGAUAAGUAAUGUGAUCAGCCUUUUGUCAGUGAACUCAUCUCUUUAUUGUGGCCAAAACGCGUAAUGCUGAAAUGUUCAGAAGCAUUUAUGAAUGUUUUAUGUUGGAAUGAUCAUUGAAUGAAAUACGUGUUGAUGUAAUAAUAGCUAAUUGAAUAACUGUUGUUCACAGAGUGCG